CUUUUUCUUCCCUUCACUUCACCCGAGCAACAUCAUUCCUCUUUUCUUCUCCAUCUUCUUUUCCCGAGCAACACCAUUCCUCCUUUCUUCUUCAUAUUUUGGUCGCACACCACCACCAACAUCCGUAUCUUCAUCUUAUUAUUGUACUGAGCAGCGGCUUUGUGUUGUAUUCUAUUUUUCCUACACCUACAGUUUAAGUAUUUAAUUUCUAUAGGAACUUAAAGUUAAUUUGGGAUUCCCGAUAAAUUCAGUUAAAUUGGGAUAAUGGAAGUGGUAUUAUGAAUGUGUUUUGUUUGAUUUUCAUAUUUGUUAAUUUAACCGUUUAAUUUUGAUUUCUAGGGUUUCAUUACCGGUUUUUUUUCCUUCAUAGUUCUUGUUGAGUAGUCUUCCUAUCUUUCGAAAUCUCUCCAGAGGAGAAAACAUAUGCGACAGAAGUAGAAGUUGAAUCUGAUUGUUUUGUUUCCUACCCUCUUUUGGCUAAUUUCUCAAUACUCAUUUGAAUCCUUUUCGUUUGAUGGAUUCAUCUAUUUUUCUACCCACACAUAUUCUCCAAACAUUACUCCCAAAUCCCAUUUUCGGUUAAUAGAUUCAUCUAAACUUCCAAUAUAUUCAGAAAACAAAAAGAAAAAAAACUAAAUUUUCUCCAUUAUUGCCUCUCUUUUAUAUAUACGAUUCACAUUUGCUUGGGCAAAAAGAAAAAAAUUAAAAAAAAAGUUUCUUUUAUUUGUGUGAAAAGAUUGAAUUUUUAUUUAUUAGGGUUUUGAGUUGGAGACAGAAAACUGUUAGCUUUCAUGGCGGCAAGGGCUUCUAGGAAUUUUAUUAAAGAUUUAUUAUAUCAAAAUGCAAAGAUUGGAGCUUUUGGUGGUGGUGGAGGAGGAGGAUUAGGAGCUGUUAGACAUUCAAGUUCUGUUCCUAAAAUUCGUCCCAAAAUUCCUCAGUUAUCAAAAAAAGGAAGAAUCUUUACAGCAGCCUUUUUAGGCAUAGUUAUUUCUGGAGGAGCUUAUGCGAGUACUGUGGAUGAGGCUACUUUCUGUGGGUGGCUAUUUUCAGCAACAAAGCUUGUGAAUCCAUUCUUUGCCUACCUUGAUGCUGAGACUGCUCAUCGUUUAGCUGUUGCAGCAGCAGCUCGUGGUUGGGUCCCAAGAGAGAAAAGGCCGGACCCACCCAUAUUAGGUAUGGAUGUGUGGGGUCGGAGGUUUUCAAACCCUAUAGGUCUUUCUGCUGGUUUUGAUAAAAAUGCGGAGGCAGUUGAAGGUUUAUUAGGCAUGGGUUUUGGAUUCGUAGAGAUUGGCUCUGUAACCCCUGCUCCACAGGAUGGUAAUCCAAAGCCUCGAAUUUUCAGACUGCGAGAGGAAGGAGCUAUUAUAAAUAGGUGCGGGUUUAAUAGUGAAGGCAUUGUUGCUGUUGCAAAGAGAUUGGGUGCUCAGCAUGGUAAAAGGAAGCUGGCUGAAACUUCAAGCACUGCACCUGUGUCCAGUGACGAAGUCCCGCAUGGAGGAAAAGCAGGUCCUGGCAUUCUGGGUGUCAAUCUUGGCAAGAAUAAGACUAGUGAAGAUGCUGCAGCUGACUAUGUUCAAGGAGUUCACACUUUGUCUCAGUAUGCAGAUUACUUGGUUAUCAACAUUUCAUCACCAAAUACUCCAGGAUUGCGUAAGCUUCAAGGACGAAAACAACUCAAAGAUCUUGUUAAGAAGGUACAAGCUGCUCGGGACGAAAUGCAAUGGGGAGAGGAAGGCCCUCCUCCACUGCUUGUGAAAAUUGCUCCGGACUUGUCCAAGCUAGAUCUCGAAGAUAUUGCAGCGGUUGCUUUGACACUCCGCUUGGAUGGAUUGAUCAUAACUAAUACAACCAUUGCAAGACCAGAUCCGGCUAGUAAGAACCCAGUUUCUGAAGAAACUGGUGGUUUAAGCGGGAAACCUCUAUUUAACCUGUCAACCAACGUGCUCAAGGACAUGUAUCUUUUGACAAGGGGAAAGAUUCCUCUUAUUGGUUGUGGGGGGAUUAGCAAUGGCGAGGACGCAUAUAAGAAGAUACGUGCUGGAGCAUCUCUAGUUCAGCUUUACACAGCUUUUGCCUAUGAGGGACCUGCUCUCAUUCCCCAAAUGAAGGUUGAAUUGGCAGAGUGCUUAGAAAGGGAUGGAUUCAAGUCAAUCGCAGAAGCUAUUGGUGCAGAUUACAGGUAGUUCUGUAUCUUAGGAGGACUAGACAGAAGUGCUUGUCCCUUUUUGAACAAUUCAAGGGCCAACACCACCAUAAAUGUACGUCAAUUGGAUUUCAAAAUCUUUUGGUAGUCUUUUGAAAUUUAGGUUUUUUUGUUAAAUCAUCCUUCACCUUCGAAUAUAUCCUUCCUAAUGUAGUGACAAAGUUCUGGUAUUCUGAGAUGUACUAUUAUUGAGUAAUGUCAUAUGUCAGCCUAUGCAGGCUUUGUCAAAUGACUCAAACCUGAGUGGCUUCAAAAUGAUUUUUCUCUUGUAAAUUAUUACAUUUACCCCUUGGUCCGUUCUGUUGUGCAA